GAAAUAAGGUUUGCGUCGCGUGUGUUGGUGGGUGAUGAGGAUGGCGAGGUCGCGAACACCAGACGUUUACAAUUUCAAUGUUGAAAGCCAGUGCCAGUCUAGCACGAGCUGCCGCUCAGGAGACACCCGUAGGGGACUUGCUUGUUUCAAGUUGAUGAACAAGAGAAGAUGCCUGGCCACCGUCAGCCUAAGUCUCUGGUAGACCUUAGUUUGGGGCGUGUGUGCCAACAACUCGACGGGACGUGCCGACGUCUACAGCAAUUAUCACAAGAAUCACCAGCAGCCCAGGUUCUCGCCUAUGCCAAGCAAAAUAUUAGGCCUUACUAUGUUAAUGCUCUACCAGCUCAAUUACGUUCGCGUGUCAUCGAUGAAACCUCACGUAUGCUUGAUGGACCCUCAACUGAUGGUUCAACACUAAUCUCCGGACCAGCUCCUCUCUAUCUUCAUGCCUUGCUUCUAGGUCACGAUAUAAAACGUAUUAAAGUCAAUCUCUGCUGUUAUUAUGGCUGCAGUCAUCAAACAUCACUCCUUAAACUCCUGGCAACCGAGGGAAUUGGUCUCGAAUCCCUGGAAUUAGCACGAUCAGCACUUUUACGUCUCGACUGUAAACUUCUACGCACCUCACUUGUCAGCAUGAAGAAUCUCCAAAGUCUAACACUCCGAAAUAUUGCCAGCGACGCUGUACUCCAAGUAAUUGGCAAAGCCUGUCCAAAACUUGUCAUUCUGGACGUGGCCUGCUCUCGUCAAGUCUCCGAUAUGGGUCUAAAGCAACUUCUACUUCAAGUGGAAUUUCGCGAUAAAAUCCCCGAUCUUACAGUGAGGGAAACGACAAGUUGGUCAAAACUCAAGACUUUAAUAUCCAAAUUAAAAGCCUCACGCAGGGACAAGAAGGACAAACAAAAUAUUCUUUUGGAGUACUACGAUAGAAGAAAUUUUCUCUGCGAUACACUGAGAGUUCUAAAUGUCGCCAAUACCACAGUAACAAGUGCAGGCGUUCUACUUGCACUCGAACAUGUUCCCAAACUCGAAUCCCUUGCCGAUUACAAUCACAUGGGUCGUGUGGUGGAAAUAAUGAAUCGUGGUGUCAUUAAUCUAAAAACACCCUUCAAACUAACCCAGGCAAGAAGUUCAAGAACCACACCAUCAAGAUUAGAACUUUUAGCUCAAGCCUGUCCACUUGUCGAACGAUUACACAUCUCUGAACCACAUCAUCCACCCGAGGCAUUAAGACUAUUUCCCUAUGUCACUGCACUCAGUAUUCAUGGAAUACCAGCGCAAAAAGAAUGGUUAGCCGGAUUUUAUGACUAUCUACGAACAAAUGGUGCUAAUUUACGAAAAUUGGAUAUACGCGUUGCACAAAGUGAAAUACCCGUUGAUCUUGAUCUUAAGGAGAUAUUCAAUAAUUGUCCAAAUUUACGAACAUUAACAAAAGAUGGUUGCAGUGUUAUUUGGUCCGAAGGUGGUGUCGAUCCACCGGCAUUGAAAAAUCUUCGUAAAGUUCAACUCGGUAGAACAGUGAGUGCAGGGACAAUAUUAAAAAUAUUAUCCCUUGCACCCGAACUCAAUGCCCUUCAUAUACACAGUUGUUUUGAUCUAUCCGAUGAGCAUAUUGAAAAACUUCUCGAGAUUGAUGUAAAGAAAAAUCAUGAGAAAAAAUACUCAUCCAACAAGAGUUUGGUGCAAAAUUUAACAUGUUUCUAUAUUUAUGAGGCGAGUAAAGUCUCAGCAUCAAUGGUACUCAAUAUGUUUAAGAGCUGUCGAAAAUUGAGAAAAAUUGGUAAUCUCGCAAAUUGGGGCCUCGAUUGUGAAGGUGUAAAAAUGCUGAGAAAUGCAUUAGCGCGUGAAAAUUUGGACGUUGAUCUAUGUCCAGGUUCACAUUGGUUUUGGAGUAAUUGUAUACAAUAGUUUUUUUUUCAAAGAAGAAAAAAAAAAGAAGAAUAAAGUGAUGUUUAUGAGGAUUUUUGUUUCAUGACUCAGUGAUUUUUAAAAUAAUUUUUUUUUGACACAUGUAUUAUAUAGCAACACGAAUUUUGGCUCAGGUUCUGCUUUCAGUCGGUAAUGUAGAUUUCUACCUUAUCAGUCGUCGGUAAGGCAGGAUUCUGUCAGGAUAAUUUCUAACCUGUAGGUAAGUUAGAAAUCUGUAUUGCCCACCGAACAGUUACCGAGUGCAGAUACUUAGUUUAGACCAGAACCUAAACCAGUACUAGUGUUCUGAUCUCGGCUAACUACCUUCAGUCGGUAAUUACGCGGUUGGUAAUGUAGAUUCCUAUCUUAUCUAUAGUCGGUAAGACAGGGUUCUGUCGGGUAAUUCCACCCCGGUAAAUAAGGUAGAGAUCAGCAUUGCCGACCGAACAGUUACCAACUGCAGAUCCUUAGCUUAGACCAGAAUCUAAGUAAGUACUCGUGUUCUGAUCUCAGCUAGCUACAUACACUCGGUAAUUGCUCGGUUGGCAAUGUAGAUUUCUACCUUAUCAGCCGUCGAUGAAGCAGGGUUCUGUUAAAAGAAUUUCAACCCAGCAGAUAAGUAAGAAAUCUGCAUUGCCGACCGAACAAUUGCCGAUUGCAGAUACUUAGCCUAGACCAGAACCUAAGUCGGUACUCGUGUUCUGAUCUCGGCUAGCUACCUGCAGCCGGUAACUGUUCGGUCGGUAAUGUAGAUCUCUACCAUAUCAUAAGUCGGUAAAGUAGAUUUCUACUAGAAAAAAUUCAAUCCGAUCGAUAAGCUAGAAAUCUGCAUUACCGACUGUAGGCACGAAAAAUGACAAAAUUAAAAUUUUUUGGUAAAAUAAAAAAAUGAAAUAAAAAUCAACGAUUAAAAAUCAAUUUGGAUAAAAAAAUUUUUGUUUAAUUUUCAAAUCACUGGCGAUUUCUCAUUAAUACUGAAGAAUGAAACUUUUUUUUGUAAUAAAAUUACAAAAGUUAAACAACGACCAUGACAUAAUUGGCUGCUGUUCGAUUAACGCUGUCAUUUUAUUUUUUUCGCUUUCUUAAAUAGACUGUACAUUUAUCAGUAUUACAAUUGUAAAAAGUUUUAUUAAUUUUUUUUUUUUUUUGAAAAGUUCUGCAAAAAAAUAAUGUUCGUUGACAAUAUUUAUCUCUUAAAAAAACAAUUUUAGUAAGUAAUAAUCAUUGUCAAAUUGUUCAAAGUCAAUUUUUUCUAAUAUGUAAAAAAAAGUGAUUUUUUUGAGUGUCAAUUUCUUUUUUCUAUACGAUAGAAAUGACGUUAAUUAUUGUGAUAUAUUAAAAAGAUGAAAAAAAAAAUUCGAACAAAAAAAAAAAUUUGGAAAAAAAAAUGUUAUUCCAAGAAAUGUUUUUGUAGGUCGUGAUUGAUAAUAAGCUUUCGAUUACUGCGAUAUAUAUAUCCUUAUAUGAUUUAAUUAUCAAAGUGCUGAUUAUUAUAAUCGAAUGAAAGUAAAAAAAUCGAAUUAUCGACUAAUUUAGAUUUUAAAUAAUAAAGAUUUUCAUACAAC